CUCAAUGACAAUGCUCUCCCUGCGUUAGAGCUUCCUCAAACGCAUAUGGCCACCGAAGUAUUAAGAAAUUCGUGCCUCCCUGUUGACCCGACUAACCGGUUCCUACGCUUCGAUCCGGAAGCUUCACCUUCGCCAUCGCCAUCCAGCUGAAGGUGUUUCCAAACCAUGGGUGAUGCUAUUGAUUUGACUGGGGAUGGAGGUGUCAUAAAGACCAUUGUGAAAAGAAGCAAAAUUGAUGCUGUAGGUCCUACUGAAGAUUUUCCUCUUGUGGAUGUUCAUUAUGAAGGAACACUUGCCGAUACUGGUGAAGUAUUUGAUACCACACAUGAGGAUAACACAGUGUUCACUUUUGAGCUUGGAAAGGGCAGUGUUAUCAAGGCUUGGGACAUUGCAGUGAAGACCAUGAAGGUUGGAGAAAUUGCAAAAAUUACUUGCAAGCCAGAAUAUGCAUAUGGCAGUGCAGGAUCUCCACCAGAUAUCCCCCCAGACGCGACACUUGUAUUUGAAGUUGAGCUAGUUGCCUGUAAGCCCCGGAAGGGUUCCAGUCUGGGAAGUGUUUCAGACGAGAGGGCUAGACUAGAAGAGCUGAAGAAGCAGAGAGAGAUUGCUGCUGCUGCCAAAGAGGAGGAGAAAAGGAAGAGAGAGGAAGCAAAAGCUGCAGCUGCUGCUCGUGUCCAAGCCAAGUUAGAGGCCAAGAAAGGUCAAGGAAAGGGUAAAGCGAAAGCAAAGUAGGGAGGGACUCAUGAAAAGCCUCGUAGAUUGAUUUGAUAUUAUGAUAACAAUGGAAACUCAGAUGAAUAAAAUUCAGACUGAAUCCAUUAUGUUUAAACUGCGUAUGUUAAGUUGGUAACUUCAUAACAUAAUGAAUAGGAAGCAAAGGACAUCGGAUAUAAACUGUUUUUCCUCCUCAAAUGAUAACUUGGUCUUCUUGUUGACGAUGUAAGACGUUUGCUAGUGAGGUGCUGGAAUAUAAUUUUAGGCUAUGUUUAUGAAUGUUCUAGUUGGCUUGUUAAAUUGACUUGUGAUAUUAAAUUGAUGUCAGCUUUUUAUAGUUUA